GGGGGCUGAGUCCACCUGAGGACCUCUGACUAGUGGGGCAGGGGGCGCGGAAGUCCUAAACAGGCCGGCAAGUCAGUUCCUGUUCCUGUUGAGUGUUUCUAUGUUCCACCAUGUGGAGGGCUAAGAAUUGGCUUUUUUUACUUUCGCCCCAUUACUUGAAGCAGCUAAAAGAAUUAUCAGGUGCCAGGCUCACAUGGCAACGACUUGUACACCAGCAACUACCUCUUCACCCCGAAUGGGCUGCCCUGGCUAAAAAGCAGCUGAAAGGCAAAAACCCAGAAGAUCUCACAUGGCACACCCCAGAAGGGAUCUCUAUAAAGCCUUUAUAUUCCAAAAGGGAUACUAAGGAUUUACCCGAAGAACUUCCAGGAGUGAAGCCAUUCACACGUGGACCAUAUCCCACCAUGUAUACCUUUAGGCCCUGGACUAUCCGUCAGUAUGCUGGCUUUAGUACUGUGGAAGAGAGCAAUAAAUUCUAUAAAGACAAUAUUAAGGCUGGUCAGCAGGGAUUAUCAGUUGCCUUUGAUCUGGCAACACAUCGUGGCUAUGACUCAGACAACCCUCGAGUUCGUGGUGAUGUUGGAAUGGCUGGAGUUGCUAUUGACACUGUGGAAGAUACCAAAAUUCUUUUUGAUGAAAUUCCAUUAGAAAAAAUGUCAGUUUCCAUGACCAUGAAUGGAGCAGUUAUUCCAGUUCUUGCAAAUUUUAUAGUAACUGGAGAAGAGCAAGGUGUACCUAAAGAGAAACUUACUGGUACAAUCCAAAAUGAUAUACUAAAGGAGUUUAUGGUCAGAAAUACUUAUAUUUUUCCUCCAGAACCGUCCAUGAAAAUUAUUGCUGACAUAUUUGAAUACACGGCAAAGCACAUGCCAAAAUUUAAUUCAAUUUCCAUUAGUGGAUACCAUAUGCAGGAAGCAGGGGCUGAUGCCAUUCUAGAACUGGCCUAUACUAUAGCAGAUGGAUUGGAGUACACUAGAACUGGACUCCAAGCUGGCCUGACAAUUGAUGAAUUUGCACCAAGGUUGUCUUUCUUCUGGGGAAUUGGGAUGAACUUCUACAUGGAAAUAGCAAAGAUGAGAGCUGGCAGAAGACUCUGGGCUCACUUAGUAGAGCAAAUGUUUCAGCCUAAAAACUCUAAAUCUCUUCUUCUAAGAGCACAUUGUCAGACAUCAGGAUGGUCACUUACUGAGCAGGAUCCUUACAAUAACAUUGUCCGUACUGCAGUAGAAGCAAUGGCAGCAGUGUUUGGAGGGACUCAAUCUUUGCACACAAAUUCUUUUGAUGAAGCUUUGGGUUUGCCAACUGUGAAAAGUGCUCGAAUUGCCAGAAACACUCAAAUCAUCAUUCAAGAAGAAUCUGGGAUUCCCAAAGUGGCUGAUCCUUGGGGAGGUUCAUAUAUGAUGGAAUCUCUCACAAGUGAUGUUUAUAAUGCUGCCUUGAAGCUCAUUAAUGAAAUUGAAGAAAUGGGUGGAAUGGCCAAAGCUGUAGCUGAAGGAAUACCUAAACUUCGAAUUGAAGAAUGUGCUGCCCGAAGACAAGCUAGAAUAGAUUCUGGUUCUGAAGUAAUUGUUGGAGUAAAUAAGUACCAGUUGGAAAAAGAAGAAUCUGUGGAGGUUCUGACAAUUGAUAAUACUUCAGUGCGUAUCAAGCAGAUUGAAAAAAUUAAGAAGAUCAAAUCUACCAGGGAUCAAGCUUUGGCUGAACGAUGUCUUGCUGCACUAACUGAAUGUGCUGCCAGUGGAGAUGGAAAUAUUCUGGCUCUUGCAGUGGAUGCAGCUCGUGCAAGAUGUACAGUUGGAGAAAUCACAGAUGCCAUGAAAAAGAUAUUUGGUGAACAUAAAGCUAACGAUCGUAUGGUGAGUGGAGCAUAUCGCCAGGAAUUUGGAGAAAGUAAAGAGAUAUCAUCUGCUAUCAAUCGGGUUCAUAAAUUCAUGGAACGUGAAGGUCGCAGACCUCGUCUUCUUGUUGCAAAAAUGGGACAAGAUGGUCAUGACAGAGGAGCAAAAGUUAUUGCUACAGGAUUUGCUGAUCUUGGUUUUGAUGUAGACAUAGGUCCUCUUUUUCAGACUCCUCGUGAAGUAGCCCAGCAGGCUGUGGAUGCAGAUGUGCAUGCAGUGGGUGUGAGCACACUUGCUGCUGGUCAUAAAACCCUAGUUCCUGAGCUCAUCAAAGAACUUAACUCCCUUGGACGGCCAGAUAUUCUUGUCAUGUGUGGAGGGGUGAUACCACCACAGGAUUAUGAAUUUCUGUUUGAAGUUGGUGUUUCCAAUGUAUUUGGUCCUGGGACUCGAAUUCCAAAGGCUGCUGUUCAAGUGCUUGAUGAUAUUGAGAAGUGUUUGGAAAAGAAGCAGCAAUCUAUGUAACAUCCUGUUUUUGUCUUAGCAUUUUUCUAAAAUAUAAUUUUAGUUACGAUUAAAGAUGAGGGUAAAGCUGUGUCUUCAAUUUAAUUCCAACACCAGAUAGGUACUUUUUUGAACACUAUACAUUAAAAUACCUUACUUAUAAGGAUAUUGUUAUGCUGUAAGUAUGUGUGCAGUUUCACUUUAAAAAAAAAAAAAAAAGAAUUGUUCCUAAAAACUCUCCAUAACAAUACUUUAUCAGAAACUCUAGACAAAGGUAUAUAAAAAAAUCAUGGUGAAAUAUCGUUAGAAAUAUUUCUUAUACAUCUAUUUACUUUCUAUUUUAAAAUUAAACAUUACCUAAAAAAACCUGAUUAGAUUCAUUCCUCAAUUUAGUAUUACAUCGACUUAAGCACCAGAAAAUAAGAUCCACAUAUCAAUAAAAUAAUGACAUCUAUCUUGGAAAAAAUAGUGGAGAGUAUUUAUGUGGGGAAAUAGAUUGUAGUUGUGGUCUUCAGCCAAACUCUACCAGAAUCACUCCAAUAAAAGUGUAUUAAAUCAAACACAGCAGGAUGAAAUAGGGGGGAAAGGGCAGAAUGUUUCCUCAAGUCUGAUUUUACUUUCUUCCUCAGUAUGAACAAAUGACCUUGUUAUUGCUGGGCUUGGCUCAAGACCCAGGAGAGUGGAUGUUUAUGAACAUUCCCUUAAAUGAAAGUGCUUAGGUUGCUAAUAUGGCAUCCUCCAGAAUAGUGAUGUCAGCUGUGGGUGUAGGUCUAUGAUAAAGAAUUGAGGUUUUCAGAUCCAGAAAGGUACUACAUUACAUAAAUUUGCUCAUUAAAGAUUAGUUGCAAAAAUAAAAAUAGCACAAAAAACACCUGCACUUUGCUUACUAAAAGAUUUGCUCAUUAAAGAAGGAAAGUUGUUUUUUAUUGUUGACAUAAUUUACUGAAUGAAUAUAAAAUAAUUGAUUUUUUUGUAAUGAAUUUUUAUUGUAUUUUGUUAGGUUAGAGAACAAUCUUUUAGAAAGUAUUAUAUGUUGCUAUAGAAUUUACAAAUUACACUGUAACGCAACUUUAAUUUUCAGAACAUUACUAUUAGAAUGGUAUUGUCAUAAGAUUGUUCCCAUCUUACAGAUGAGCAACGUGACUUCCAAUCCAGUGAUAUAUUCACUGUGCCAUUUUAUUGAUUUUUCCUUAUAAAAAAAUGUGUAUUAAUUCA